AUAAACCCGGUGCUCUUCAUCUCCCUCUCCUUUAAAAAAAAAAGGCUUUUAAAACCAAUCAAAAACCUUCUCAAAACUUCCACUCUCUCUCUCCUGUUGUCACGCAGGAAGAAGACCCAAAUUUCUUUUACCCGAUUUAUAAAGUCUUCUCUUUAUUUUCUCAAUUAUUUGCUGACGAAAUUUUCCUUAUUAAUCUUCCUAAUUCUUCGUUAAUGUUCUCUCUCCUACGAAUGAAAAUCUAGGGUUUCGAUUUCGGGAGAAAUUCAUCACAAAUUCCAUCGAUUUGGUCCGAAAAGAGGGGGAAAUUAUUAGGGUUUUAGAAUGGAGAAGAUGGCGGGAGAAGGAGAAGAAGAGAUUGAGUACGAGAGUGAUCCAGAGGAAGCGAAGAUGUCGUUGAAGAUGCGAAGGAGAGAAGCGAGCGAUGAUGAGGAGGAAGAAGAUGAGGAAGAGGAGGAGGAGGAGAGAGAGAGGGAGGUUGAGAGGCGGAGGAGAGAGGCGGCGUUGCCGAGGUCGGGGAUCGUUGAUUCCGAGGGUGAAUCUGAUGGGCAAGGUGCUGCGGCGGACUACGAUGAUGAUGAGGAGGAGGAGGAUGAGGAGGAGGAUGGAGAGGAGUAUUAUGAUGAGCAGGAGUAUGAAGUGGAGGGAGUUGUUGUUUUUGAUGCGUAUGAUGGGGGAGAAGUUGGUGGGCAGGGUGUGGGUGUGGGAGGUGAGGUUUCGGAGGCGGGGAAGGCGGUGGGGGAAGCCGAUGAGAGUGGGAAGACGGGCGAGGGCGGUGAGGGGGAAGGUGAGGGUGAGGGUGAGGGUGGGCAAGGUGAAGGGGAGAAGAAGGAGAAUGAGCCAUUUGCUGUACCUACUACCGGGGCGUUUUAUAUGCAUGAUGAUCGGUUUAAGGAUAAUGCUGGUGGUCGUCACAGGCGAACCUUUGGUGGUAGAAAGUUGUGGGAAUCCAAAGAUGAGAGGAAAUGGGGGCAUGAUAAAUUUGAGGAAAUGAACACGUCAGACAGGCAUUUUGAGGAGGGAAGAAGGUCUUCUAGAGGAUCUUCUCGAGGCCGUGGGAAAGCUAGAGGUCCAGAUCGUGGGUUUGCUCGCGGGAGCAGAAUGAGAGGAUAUGAUGGUAACAACAAUCAAAGUGCUCCCCCGAGGGAUGUGAGAGGAAGAGGACCUAGAAGAUAUCAACCCUCGAUGAAGAAUAGGAGUGAAACAUUCCAACCACAUAACAAACAAUUGGCCAAGUCGCUGGACAAAAAAUCGCAUGCUGGUUCUGGCAGAGCAGCUGCUUCAACAGCUAGCCUUGAUAUGGAGCAUGAAUCAGUUCCGGCUAAGAAAGUCGCAUCCAAUUUAAACUCUGCUUCCCCUCCUUUUUAUCCGUCAGCCACAUCCAAUAAAGAUGUUGCAUUGCCUCAAAAAAAAGAAGCUCAAGCUGGAAAUCAUAGCAGGAAUAUUCGCCCUUCUGCUGUAGACCAUAAUUUUUCUGUGCCACAUUCAACUUCAAUGUUGCGAGGGAAGAAUGUAAUUGAUUCUAUGGGUAUGGACAAGCUGCACAUUAAUGAUCCAGUUCCUCCAGCCAAGCCAUUGAAUAAUGUGCAUAUGCAAUCUUCUGCUUCUCCAUCAGUUGGUGCUGCUCAGAUGACUCCGUCUAGAGCACAGGGAAGGGGAGUAUCGCCAUCUGGACCCUCCAUAUUUCAACCUCAAACCAAUAACCAAUUUAAGAAAGUUUCACCACCAGCACCUCAAGUUUCCCAGCAGACUCCUGUGCAAAGCCGAGGUCAGACUUCUCAGCAGACUUCAGGUCAGCAACUUGUCCAACGCCCUCCUGGUGGCUCUCAAAGUUCUCCUCCAAAAACAGGUUUGUCGAAAAAUACAUUUGAACCUGGAAACUUUGAUUCCCCAUUAGAAUCUGGUAAAUCUAAGAUUGUUGUGGCUGGAAAAGGAAAAGGAAAUGCCCAGGGAACUGGUAGGGGUGCGCUUGUGUAUGGUGGUGGUGGACCAGGUGGUAACAUGGGUUCUGGUGAUCCAAACCUUCCAGCUUUCUUCCCAGCUAACUUUAUGCAAUUUGGGGGCCAGCAUCCUGGAGGUAUUGGAGUUCCUGCCGUUGGAAUGGCAUUUCCUGGAUAUGUUGCUCAGCCAAAUGGUCUUGGAAAUUCUGAAAUGACAUGGUUACCUGUUCUAGCAAGUGCAGCAGGUGCUCUGGGAGCCUCAUAUUGUAACCCUUAUAUGGCUGUUGAUGGUUCUUACAAUCCUCGACCAACAGGGCAACCAUCAGCCUUGCCUGCUUCUAGCAAGGAGAAUAAUAAUCUUAGCAAACCUAGCAGUGAAUUAAAACUUCCACAAAUAUCUGAUGUGGCUAAUGAUGAGUUUAGUCAGAGACAAAAUAAGCCUCGCAGAUACUCAGAGAUGAAUUUUAGCCAGUGAAGUACAUAUUGAAGUUUCUGCCUGUUCAAAUAAGAUUUUGGAAGUUGUUUCCUUGAAAUUGAAAAUAGGUCGUUGUGGUUGGCUUAAGAACUCCGGUUUAUUCUCAUCAUAAGGCUCUCUUUCUGACUCCCAUUUGUGUUCUUGCGCCCUUGCGCUAGACCACAUUGGGCUUUCUGUGUCUCAGAGAUAGUUAAUAUGGUAUGCGUCUGCUCAAGCUGUUCUCAGUUUAGGAAGAUUGUUGCCGUGAAAUGGGUUGGUUUGUAGCUUGCUGUUUGAUAUGCGGUUUUCUGGUGGCUUGGUUUUCAUGAAGGCUCGUUCAGUACACAUGGCUUUUUUGAGGAAGUGUUUGCAGAAGAUGUUCGAAAAGCCAGACUUAAUGUGCUAUAUACAUAUCUAGCUAUUUUUUUUUUCUUGUUGAUGUCGUGAAUGGGCUUUUUAGCUUGUGCUGUUUACCUUUCUAUUCUAUUCUAUUCCUGUUUAUGAGUUAAUGUUGGCCGCAUUGUUUAUUAUUUCUUUGUUAUUUUUCGUUUGGGGGUUAAACCUGCUUAUUAUCAAUGUUUUUUUUUUGGACUGCUUUGAUUAUUGAGUGUUUUCAUCACUA